CUCUCAUUUUCCUUCUGUUUUGCGACCGCAACCCUAUAUAUAAGCAGCAGACCAGCCUUCCUAAAUAGUGUUGACUAAAAGUCAUUAAGACAAAAAGAAACCACAGUGCUUCAAGAUGGGUAACUGUAGCGGCUUACCUUCUCACCAAUCGAACUCCGCCACGUCAUCGUCAGCUGCUCAAUCUAAGCCUCCGACGACGGCGACGACCACCAACGGCAUCAACGUCCUCCCUUCCGACCACCCUGCUCCUCCCCGUCCUCUCUCCGGCAUCGGCCGUGUCCUCGGCCGCCCCAUGGAAGACGUCCGUGAAACCUACAUUUUCGGCAAGGAGCUCGGCCGGGGCCAGUUCGGCGUCACCUACUUGGUCACGCACAAGAAAACGGGGGAGAAAUUCGCGUGCAAGUCAAUCGCCAAAAGGAAGCUUUUGAACAGAGACGAUGUCGAAGAUGUCCGCCGGGAAGUUCAGAUCAUGCACCAUCUCACCGGUCACCGGAACAUCGUGGAGCUCAAAGGCGCGUUUGAAGAUCGGCAGAACGUUAAUUUGAUCAUGGAAUUAUGUGCUGGCGGAGAGCUAUUUGAUCGGAUUAUUGCCAAGGGGCAUUACUCGGAACGCGCCGCCGCGGGGGUGUGCCGGCAGAUGGUCACGGUGGUGCAUUACUGUCAUUCAAUGGGUGUAAUGCACAGGGACUUGAAGCCGGAAAACUUCUUGUUUUUAAGUACAGAUGAAGAUUCACCUCUGAAAGCUACUGAUUUUGGCUUGUCCGUCUUCUUUAAGCCAGGAGAUGUCUUCAAAGAUCUUGUUGGAAGCGCAUAUUAUGUGGCCCCAGAAGUGUUGCGCAGAAGCUAUGGAGCUGAGGCUGAUAUUUGGAGUGCCGGAGUGAUACUUUAUAUUCUGUUAAGUGGUGUACCACCAUUUUGGGGAGAAAAUGAGCAGGGCAUUUUUGAUGCCAUACUGCGGGGACAUCUUGAUUUUUCAUCGGAUCCUUGGCCAUCUAUAUCCAGUAGCGCAAAAGAUCUUGUGAAGAAGAUGUUGCGUGCAGAUCCUAAGGAAAGGCUGACUGCAGUUGAUGUUCUAAACCAUCCAUGGAUGAGAGAAGAUGGUGAUGCAUCUGAUAAGCCGCUUGACAUUGCUGUCUUGACUAGGAUGAAGCAGUUCCGUGCUAUGAACAAGCUCAAGAAAGUUGCUCUCAAGGUCAUUGCUGAAAAUUUAUCUGAAGAGGAAAUUAUUGGCUUGAAGGAGAUAUUCAAAUCCAUGGACACAGACAAUAGUAAUACAAUAACUUUUGAAGAGUUAAAAGCUGGCCUCCCCAAAUUAGGAACUAAGCUUUCAGAAUCAGAAGUGCGGCAGCUGAUGGAAGCGGCUGAUGUGGAUGGAAAUGGAACAAUUGAUUACAUUGAGUUUAUUACAGCUACAAUGCACUUGAACAGAAUGGAAAGAGAAGACCACUUAUAUAAAGCCUUUGAGUAUUUUGACAAAGAUAAGAGCGGGUAAGUUUCCUUCAAAAGGUUUGUUGGUGUUUGAUACCUCAACUUGUACAUAAUCUUUGCUCUGAUGUCAAUUAGGUACAUCACAAUGGAAGAGUUGGAACAGGCCCUAAGAAAGUACAAUAUGGGCGACGAGAAAACAAUAAAGGAGAUCAUUGCAGAGGUUGACACAGAUAAUGUAUGUACUCUUUCUCCUCUGUAAUACAGCAAGAACCGUCUGACAAACUCGGCAAACCUAUUUAACAUGACUUGCACUGUUUCAUUGGCCGCACAGACGAUUGUGAUUCCUUCUUGGUUUUAAAGUAUUCUCUAAUGAUGAUGGCUUCUCAUUCAUUGCAGGAUGGAAAAAUUAAUUAUGAUGAGUUUGUGGCAAUGAUGAGGAAAGGAGAUCCAGAGCUGGCGCAGAAUAGACGUAGGAAGUAAAGCUGAAAGAGGAUCUAUCUGUUCGAAGCAUAUACAGGUUGUAACAACAGUUAAUGGAGUUAAUUGUUGAUCUACAUCUUUCUAAACUUGCUGCAUCUUGGCAUUUUGCUGGCACCCCAAAAUGGAACAGAACUUGCCUGUUGAGGAUUCUUGCUCUUUUUCCUUGUCUACUUUGCAUUCAAGAUUGAGAAAUUGCACUAGGCCUAGAGUAUACAACCGCACUCUCAGCUUAUGAUAUCCAUCAAUACUUUUUUCUGCAGUUUGCAGAUUGCAUAUAGUGAUUAUAGUCGGAAAUGCUUUUCUAUUUUCUGAGUUUUGUUUUGAAAAUUUUACUGCAAUGAUGCUGCCAAAAAAACCCGUAAAUAUGCUUUAUAAUGUUGAUGCGAGACAUUGAAAUGUCUAAAUGUAAACCUUUUUUUUUUUUUUUUUGAAAUUUCAAUUACAUUGAAUAACAUAAAAGUUACAGGAAGCAUUACAAAAAACUCUCAUUCUUGCUAAUAAAUAACUAGCUAGCAGUCACAAAGUAAUGGGAUAAUGAACAUCACCAGGCAAUCUUCCAAAGUAGUUUCACAGCCCCUACCUGGAUGUUAUCCCCUAAACUCAUAGUACACAAUCUAUCUUUUUCUAAAUUAAUUGCCAACACACAUUCUGCAGUCAUAAGUUCUGAUUAUUAUUAGCAAGGAUAACAAACACCAUUAUUUCUGUUGUUCUAUGAAUAUUUCCAGAUUCCGG